AUGAGUUACAUCUCCCCACUCACGAAUCCACGACCGUUCGUCGCUAAGAUUGAUAACCUUUCGGAUGAGGGAAUCACCAUCGACAAGGGCGUCGCUCGUGCCAGACGGGAUGCUGCGGACUUCGCCGGUAAAUACGUUGCCAAUUUUCAACUUGUCUCAGAGCUCCAAGCUAGCUUAGAGCAGUUCAGCAGCCACUGGGUCAAAACCUUGCAAGAUACCCGCGACGCUGCUUCUUCCAUUUCGGCUUGGUAUCUAAGCUUUGUGGAAGUCUUCAUUUCGAUGAUAGACGAUGUCACGAAUGACAAUGAUGUAAAGGGGCUUAUCGCAGAAUUCUACAGCCUGUUAGAUGGAGGGCUCCCUUCGCAGAGAUACCAACUAGAUAGUACCCCAGGUGUGAAGGGCGCGUUCAACGAAAUCGAAGCUCUCGUGAUCGAAGAAAGCAAUCAUAUUGUCGACGUCCUCAAGACAACCAACGAUAGCAACCGGAAGAAGGUUAUUGAGAACCUGAAGAAAGAGCUCGUUCCCGUGAAAGCUGGAGCCGGGGAGGUGCGGCAGGCGUUGAACAAGUACGCGGCGAAGCUCGAGUGA